AUGGAUUCAGCAUUGUUCUCCUCCAAUCUUUUAGUAAAUAGUAGUAGUUCUCUUCUAUUCUUCAUUACAAGUUUUGUUUGUUUGUCUAUGGCAUUGUGUCGUGGCAAUGACACAGACCAACAAGCACUACUUGCAUUCAAGGGAGCUAUAAAUGACCCUUUUGGAUAUACGAAAACAUGGAACGUGUCCACACACUUUUGCCAGUGGCCUGGUGUCACUUGUGGACGUAAACACAUCAGAGUUAUUAAACUAAACGUCCCGAACCAAAACCUUAAUGGUCCCUUGUCUCCCUUCAUUGGCAACAUGAGUUUCCUCAGGUCUCUAUACCUGUCGAACAAUAGCUUCCAUGGUGAAAUCCCCUCAGAGAUUGGUCGUUUGAGAAGGCUACAACGAUUGAAUCUUGGUAACAACUCAUUUCAUGGGGAUAUUCCUUCAAAUUUAUCAAGGUGCUCAAAUCUUAUAUCUCUUAUCCUUGGAGGUAACAAGUUAGUAGGAAGUCUUCCUUUAGAGUUAGGCGCCUUGUCCAAACUCGAGUACUUGUUACUCACUCGAAACAGCUUGACAGGUGAAAUCCCUUCUUCUUUUGGAAACUUAACAUCAUUGAAAGGAUUCUAUGCACCAUUGAAUAAUCUUCAGGGGAAAGUCCCGGAUUCACUUGGGCAGCUGAAGAACUUAGAAAGUAUCGGAUUAGCUGCGAACUAUUUGACAGGUACUAUCCCUUUUGCAAUCUUCAAUAUAUCUUCCAUCCGAACAUUUGAUGUUGGAAUGAACCAAAUCCAAGGUACACUUCCUUCAAGUUUGGGAAUCACCCUCCCGAAUCUUGAAUUAUUCAUCAUCGGUGGAAACAAUGUUUCUGGAUCGAUCCCAUCUACAUUGUCCAAUUCAUCAAAGCUAAUGUAUUUUCUUGCUGGAGGUAAUCAACUUACAGGAACUGUACCAAGUCUUGAGAACCUGAAUGGGCUUCAACAGUUAACAAUUCCAGGGAAUUAUCUUGGAACAGGAAAACCAGAUGAUUUAAGUUUCAUCGCCUCUCUGACUAAUGCGUCUCGUUUCAGAAUUUUGGAGAUUCAGUUCAAUAGUUUUGGAGGGAUUCUGCCUGCAUCCUUCAGAAAUCUAUCGACCGAGCUUCAGGUUGUGCAGUUGUCAUACAACAGAAUACGCGGUAACAUACCGGUUGAGAUUGGAAAUUUCAUCAACCUGGAAGAAUUUCAGGUGAGGGAAAACUUACUUACUGGUACCAUUCCAAUCAGUUUUGGGAAAGUUAAUAAACUGCAGAUUCUGGAUUUGGGUCAGAAUAGAUUUUCAGGGAUUAUUCCAUCACCUCUGGGAAAUCUGAGUGUAGUAUCAAUCCUUCUUCUUCACAAUAAUAAUCUCACAGGUGAGAUACCAGCAAGUUUAGGAAAUUGCAAUUACAUGAUUGAAAUAUAUGUUUCUCAAAAUAACUUGUUAGGAGAGAUACCUAAGGAACUCUUUGCUCUCUCUUCCUUAGUUGCUGUAGACAUUUCUGAGAACCAUCUAGAUGGUUUUAUUCCUCUUGAAGUUGGACGCAUGAGAAAUCUUGAAUAUCUUAAUGUUUCCGUGAAUAACUUGACGGGUAAAAUCCCGAGUACCAUUGGUAGCUGUGUGAGACUUGAAGCCUUAGACAUGAAAGGAAACUUAUUUCAAGGGAUUAUUCCUCCUUCUUUCAGUUCUUUGAGAGGUCUCCAUGUUUUAGACCUUUCUAGGAAUAAUUUAUCUGGCCAAGUACCAAAAUACUUGGAGGGAUUCAAGUUUCAACGCUUGAACUUAUCGUUCAAUGAUUUCGAAGGAGUGUUACCAAAUGAAGGCGUCUUUAAAAAUGCAAGUGCAAUAUCAGUAAUCAGAAAUCCAAAACUUUGUGGAGGUAUCCCUAACAUACAUCUUCCGGAAUGUGACAUCAAAAGAUCGAAAAAUUUUGGUUUGAGGUUUAUCCUCAAGAUUGUUAUCUCCGUUGUCUUUGGUAUACUAGGACUUGGUAUGCUAGUCACUUUAGUAUAUUAUUUCUUGUUAAAGAAAUCGAGAAGGGUGCCUGUUUCAAGUUCAAUCGGUGAGUCACUCAUAAAUGUAUCUUACCAAAGUUUGCUUCAAGCUACUAAUGGAUUCUCCGAAGACAACUUGAUUGGUGCUGGUAGCUAUGGAUCUGUUUAUAAAGGAACUCUUGAUGGAGGAUUAGUUGUCGCGGUAAAAGUAUUAAACCUCUCGCGACGUGGAGCUUGCAAAAGUUUUAUGGCUGAAUGUGAAGUCUUGAGAAACAUAAGGCACCGGAAUUUGGUCAAGGUUCUCACAGCUUGUUCAGGCAUUGACUAUCAAGGGAACGAUUUCAAGGCAUUGGUUUACGAGUUUAUGGUUAAUGGAAGCCUCGAAGACUGGUUGCAUCCUGGUCCACUUGAUGAAGAUACAAGUCAGGUAGCUGAAACAAAAAGGUUGAAUAUUCUUCAAAGGCUUAACAUUGCUAUCGACGUUGCUUCUGCAAUCGAUUAUCUACAUCACAGCUGCGAGACUCCAAUAGUUCAUUGUGAUCUCAAGCCAAGCAACAUUCUUCUAGACAAUCGGUUGGUCGGGCAUAUUGGUGAUUUUGGUUUGGCGAAGUUCCUUCAGCCAACUGCACAAAAUUCUUCCAUUUCAGAAAGAAGCUCUAGUAUUGUUAGAGGAACUAUUGGUUACACUGCUCCAGAAUAUGGGAUGGGUAGCGAGCUAUCGACUUGUGGUGAUGUGUACAGCUUCGGGAUCCUCUUGCUAGAAAUGUUCACAGGAAAAAGGCCUACAGAUGGAAUGUUUAAGGAUGGUUUAGACCUUCCAAGUUUCGCUAAGCAUGCAUUGCUUAAUGGAGCUAUGGAAGUCAUCGAUCCGUCCCUUAUUUGUGAAAGUAAUGAAGACAAUAAAGGUGAAAGCACAAGUAUCUACCAGAAUAUGGAGUAUCUGGUUUCUGUACUUCGAGUCGGGGUUGCUUGCUCUGCAUAUUCUGGAGCUGAAAGAAUGAACAUCACUGAAACUGUUUCCCAAUUGUACUCUAUCAGAGAAGCUCUUCUGAAAUCAGAACAAAAUUGA